GAUAUAAUAAAAAAGCAAAGUCAUUGAGCUGAACAUACUAGAUGUAUUAGUGUGUUUUCUCUUUCUAAUUCUCUCUCAAGUUUCUCUCUCUAGGGUUUCAAUUUUUUUCGAUUAUAUAUGUAAAAAAAGUUUCUAUUGUCUUUCACAAAUUUGGUACUGACCUAGAAAAGAAGAAUUGAAGAGGAAGAUAGAAUUAAAAUAGAGAUUGUAGUUAUAGAAGAAAAAAAAAAGAAUUAAAUAAUAAAAAGGAAAUAUAUUUUUGGUAUUGAGUGAGAAAUUGUUUGAAUAUGGGAAGGGGAAGAGUGGAAUUGAAAAGGAUAGAGAAUAAGAUAAACAGACAAGUUACAUUUGCAAAGAGAAGAAAUGGACUUUUGAAGAAAGCUUAUGAGUUAUCAGUUCUUUGUGAUGCUGAAGUUGCUCUUAUUAUCUUCUCCAACAGAGGCAAGCUUUAUGAGUUUUGUAGCAGUCCUAGCAUGCUCAAAACACUUGAAAGGUACCAAAAGUGUAGCUAUGGUGCAGUAGAAGUCAACAAACCUGCCAAAGAGCUUGAGCAGAGCAGUUACCGUGAGUACUUGAAGCUGAAAGCAAGAUUUGAAUCUCUUCAAAGGACCCAGAGAAACCUUCUAGGUGAAGACUUGGGUCCAUUAGGUACCAAAGAUCUUGAACAACUUGAACACCAACUUGAUUCAUCUCUCAAGCAAGUUAGGUCUACAAAGACCCAAUUCAUGCUGGACCAAUUAGCUGAUCUUCAAAAUAAGGAGCAUAUGUUGGUUGAUGCAAAUAGAUCUUUGAAUAUGAAGCUGGAAGAAAUCAAUUCAAGAAACCAGUAUAGGCAAACAUGGGAAGCUGGUGAUCAAAGUAUGGCAUAUGGUACUCAAAAUCCUCACUCACAAAGCUUCUUCCAGCCUUUGGAUUGCAAUCCUACAUUGCAGAUAGGAAGUGAUUACAGGUACAGUCCUGUAGCAUCAGAUCAGCUAACUGCAACAACUCAAGCUCAACAGGUCAAUGGAUUUAUUCCUGGAUGGAUGCUUUGAGACUUAAAGCUCAGUUUUUCUUUGGCUGCAUAAAAGAAAACACUUUAGGCCAAAGACAAGAAAAAGAAAAUUUGUUACUUGGUUUUGACAAUGUGUAAAUGUUGAAUUUGCUUCUUUCUGUUUACUUGUCUUGGUAUAAAAAAAACAGCAUUGACUGACUUAAAAAAACUAUUGAAACUUUUAGCCAUAGACGUAUUUAUAUGGCAUUUUAUAUAAGAUGGUUUUUAGUAUUUUGAAUA